UGUGUUAACUUCAAAUUCAAAGAUACUAAUAAUAUAGUAAUGAAUGCAAUCGUAAUUCGGAAGUAAUUGAUACAAGUAAAAAAGCUUUAAAAAACCCUGCGAGACACGACUUCCGAAACAGCUGCAACACUCUCUCCUUCUCUCUCUCUCUUUUGUUCUAUUGGUGUGUUCAAGAAUGGCGGAUGUGUUCUUCAGAAUCCAUUCUUAGUUAUUUUUCUCUUAGUUCUUUUCUAUUCUUCUUGCAAAACCUCUGUAUCUGAUUCCAUAAUGAGCCAACAACUCGGUGUAGAAACUAGUCAGUCCCAGCCCGAGACGCUACAGUCAACGACAUUUCUUGAUUUGCUGCGGCUCCAGAUGGACGGUCUCGAUCGAACCAGGAGAAGGAGCCGAACACUAAAGGAACGGCUAGGAUUCAAACGAAUCGGAUGCUGUGGUCCAACCUGGGGUCUUCGGUUAACAACCAGUACUACUACUAACACUCGCGAAGACGACGAACCGUUCGAUAACCGGGUCGUUUCCGGUUCAAAUCAUGGACCGGUUCAGUUAAACCAAGGUAUGAAUCUCGCAGCAGCUUUAGCAGCGGAGAGAAAUUACCGAACGGAGGAAACGGUAGCGUCAUCAUCAGGGAGUUUGACGCCGUUAAGAGUAUCGUUAAUGAGAUUGUUAGAGGAAACGGCGGAGAGAGUCGUCGUCGAAGGGAAUGAAACGGCGUCGUCGUCAUCGACGGUUAGAGGAGGAGGUGGUGUUAAUGAUUCAAUGUGCUGCGUGUGCAUGGGAAGGAAGAAAGGAGCAGCGUUAAUCCCAUGUGGACACACUUUUUGCAGAGUGUGUUCUCGAGAGGUGUGGCUUAAUCGAGGUUCGUGUCCCCUUUGUAACCGUCCGAUCAUCGAGAUCCUCGACAUUUAUUGAUUUCAUUGUAUCCUACGGCUCAUAAUACUAUUUGUCCCGUUGCACGUGACUCACCUCACUGAUGUUCGUGUUGCCUAGAGAUUCACGUGUGUGCUACAUAUGAAAUUUAAUACGGUUAUUGGA